GCCACCCAAAAAUGCGCUUUCCGUAUCAUGAACUGUCGAUCUCCGACCCUCUACUCGGCCAACCUGCGCUUCGUCCUGCACCACGCUGCAACCCCACUGCCCAUCAUGUGUUUCACAAAGAUGUGUAGUGCCUUUAUGAUAUAGCGCACCUGUUUCUAGGUUUCGAUUUCCCUACAAUCACGUCUGGCCUUGGUCGCAUUGUCCAAAGCCAAGCAAUAUUAGUACCACAGACAAGGGCGAGGAAGAACCGAGUCUCGACAACUGGCCCAUCAAAUUCUUGUUGCGAACCCUUCACGACUCCAACAUCUCCCCAGCUCAAACACCAGGUCCAUACCAGUCAUGGCAGACCGACGAGGUGCUACAACACCACCACCGAAAUCACCAUCUCCAGCGUCAAUUCCUCGAUCGUCGAGUCUCACCCGUAUCGCGAAUAGCAAGCUCUUCCUGCCGCUGCAGAACGAAGGAAGCGCAAUAUCCACCCGAGGGCAGCACUUGCCUUCCCUUUUCAAGCGCCGACCAUCAACACUGCGAAGCGUUGAACGGGAGCGCCGCGGUAGCAUCAGCGACGACGAUGAGGACCUCGAAAACGGCCGCCAUGGCCUUAUGAUGAACUACGAGAGCGAUUCGGACAGGAGGCACAGCGUUGGCGCAUCAGUUUUGAACACACCGCAGAUGCGUAGCCAGCGUUUAAUCGGAAACUCGAACCCCCGAUACAGAUGGGAGAAGUACUACAAGAAUGAGGAAGAGCUCAAGGGCAUGAGGAAGCCUAUACGAGAUUACUAUGAGCGCAACAACCAGCUCAUUCAGCACUACAUGUACAUCGAUCGUCUCCUCGACUCCUCGCUACCCCACAAUCUGAUCGAAGAAUACACCAACCUCGAGUCUGGCGCAGUCAGCAUCCCGUACACAAUUAGCGAAGAGUCAUCUGCGGUGAACACGCCAGCCGCGACCACACCGCACAACGGCAUGCUGAGCAACGGACACUCUUCGGCAGCCAGCUUGACAGACAAAUAUGGCACGAACGGCAACGCGAAUGGCACUAUAAAGGCGAAGCUUACACGAACGCCGAAGAACUUGUACAAGGUUCCAGAGGUCGACGAGAACACACCCUUGAUUUCGCGGGAUGAGGCCAUCUCAGACGAUGAGGAUGCAGGUUCUUCACACUCGAAGCUACUGGAAUGGGUGCCAGAAGAGGACGAAGAUACGGACAGUCCUAUUGUCAAGCUGGCGCUCUACGUCAACUUGGCAGCCAACACAACACUCCUGAUUCUGAAGAUCAUUGUGGCGGUCAUGACAUCCUCGCUCUCCGUCGUAGCCAGUUUGGUCGACGCGGCGCUCGACUUCCUUAGUACUGCGAUCGUCUGGUUUACAUCCUGGAUGAUCGCACGUCAGGAUCGAUACGCCUACCCUGUUGGCCGCCGGCGCCUAGAGCCCAUUGGAGUCCUGGUAUUCUCGGUCAUCAUGAUCACGUCCUUCUUCCAGGUCGGCAUUGAGGGUAUUUCCCGCCUCAGCGGGCCGGAUCACACCGUUGUGCAGCUCACAAUCCCCGCUGUUGGCAUUAUGGCCUCGACGGUUGUCAUCAAGGGAAUGUGCUGGUUCUGGUGCCGCCUCAUUCGCAAUUCCUCAGUGCAAGCGCUCGCACAAGAUGCCGUCACGGACGUCGUCUUCAACACGUUCUCCAUCUUCUUCCCGCUUGUGGGCUACUUUUGGAAGAUCUGGUGGCUCGAUGCGCUCGGCGGUAUCUUGCUCUCCGCGUAUGUAAUCCUCAACUGGUCGCGAACAUCCGCAGAGCAUAUUCGCAACCUGACUGGUGCGAGUGCGACUGCUGAUGAGCGUAACAUAUUGCUGUACAUGACGAUGCGUUUCGCCAAGAGCAUCAAGAGGAUUCAGGGGAUCCAGGCGUAUCAUGCUGGAGACAAGCUCAACGUUGAGGUCGAUAUUGUAGUCGACGAGCACACUGCGCUGAGGGAUAGCCACGAUCUUGGAGAGAGUCUGCAGUAUGUCCUCGAAAGUGUGCCAUACGUCGAUCGUGCAUUCGUUCACAUCGACUACACGGACUAUAACUUCCCUACGCACAUGUCGCAGCAGGAGUAAGAGUCUGUAUGCGGGUGUCUAUUUGCCCAAGAUAUCUAAAAACUUACUAUACCAUAUGCUCCUCUAUCUAGUAGCAGUAUAUACAUAGAUACGCUCAAACCCCUGUGUAGGGACUCCUGCCCUUUUUUGUUACUUCUAGUGAAGAUGCUGUUCAU